AUGAAGCGUGUGAGACCAGUUGCCUAUCAGCUUGAGUUAUCUCCAGAGUUGGACCAGAUUCAUAAUGUGUUCCAUGUCUCUAUGUUGAGGCAAUAUCGUUCUGAUCCUGUGCAGAUCGUUUGGACUGAGGAGGUUGAGGUUAGGCCAGAUCUGACCUUUGAGGAAGAGCUAGUUCAGAUUUUAGACUGCGAUGUAAAAGUUCUGAGGAGGAAGUCAGUUCCACUGGUUAAGGUGCUAUGGCAUAAUCACAGUUCUAAGGAAGCCAUGUGGGAACCCGAAGAGGCAAUGCGACAGCAAUAUCCUCACCUAUUUUGA